AUGGAUAUUCCAAAACUCCCCCGGAGGAAAUAUACAUUAGGGAAAGAGCCCAACCCAAUUAAGAGCAUUUCGUAUCACACGGAUUGUACGACGUUGCAUCAUGCUUUAGAGGAGGCUCUUGAUCAUCGAGAAUAUGAAGCGCUGAAGGAGUCGAAGUUGGGAGUUUUCAUCAAGUUCCAAGAGCUGGAAUUUGAUUGGGCUUCAAGGCUGGUUCACUUUAUGCUCGGUUUCCAGCUCGACAUAAAGAAGAAGUAUGAGCUGUGGUGUUUCGUUGGUCCAGAACCGCUGAGGUCUUCACUGAUAGAGUUUAAAAAGCUCACUGGUCUAAACUGUGAGUACAUCGAGGACCUUGAGAGUCCGUACUGUCCUGUUACGCCGGAGAUGUCUGCUUUCUGGGCGAAGUUGGGAGUUAAUAUCAAUGCUGGACCAUCUACUAACCAGAUAAUAGCAGCACUCAAGAGAUGCAAAGAGUGGUCUCGGGAUGAUCGCAAGCAGCUCGCGUACCUUGCCAUCUUCGCUGGAUACAUUGAAGGAAAAAAGGUGCUGAUUGAGUCUCUGAAGGCCAAAAACAUCACGGGUUGUUACACGAUUGAUGGGUUUGUACAAGCUUUCCAGUCAUGGGUGUACACAGCUCUGCCGGAACUUGGUGCUGGUUAUGGUAAUCCCGUAGGAGGCGAACCGGCUGUACCGUUACUGGCUUACUCGGGUGGCAAAGGACGCAGAUGGUUUCAACAGGCUAUCUGCAGUCAGACUAGAGUGGAAAACUUUAUUGAGAAGAAGGAGAUCGGUGAACUGUUUCCACAAUGGGACUCUGAUGUUGAGGACCCGGACGCGGAGAACAUAAUUAAAGUCAUGUAUAAGAGACCGUGGAAGUGGACCAUGGAUUGCUGGGAAGUCACCGGUACUUGUGAUGCGAGUCCAACGAAGGAAGAUGAAGAACGUCCAAGAGAUCAGAAGAAAGCUGAAGAACGUCCAAGACGUCGGAAGAAAGCUGAAGAACGUCCAACUCCAAGACCUCGGAAGAAAGCCCGUUUAGAGGCAACUGCAGAGGCAAUUGCAGAGGCUAGUGAAGAGGCUCGUGAACAUGAAGAGGCUCGUGAACGUGAAGAGACUAGUGAAGAGGCUAGUGAAGAGGCUCGUGAACGUGAAGAGGCUCGUGAACGUGAAGAAGCUCGUGAAGAGACUCGUGAACGUGAAGAGGGUCGUUCCGAUGUUCGUAGAGAGGUGAUUGGGAUGACCAAAGAGGAAUUGGACAGAAACUUCAAGGACCUAGCUGAUGCCUUGAGGCAAUGGUUUGGGACGUGCCUUGCGGAGAUCAAGCAUCUGUCGGAUAUGAUUGGUGUUGUGGAAAAGAAGCUUAAUAUCACACCUGCUCCGCCUAAACAGACGCAAGAACCAGGGAGUGAAAAAGAAAGUGUUAAUGGGGCGAAAGAGAAAACCGGAAAGAAGAGAAAGGAGAGAAAUGAGGAUCCAAAAGAGGAUCCUAAGAAGAGAAUGGAGAGGAAGGAGGAUCCUAAGAAGAGAAUGGAGAGGAAGGAGGAUCCUAAGGAGGAUCAAAAGGAGGACCCUAAGGAGGAUGCUAGUGAGGUUGCUAAGGACGAUCCUAAGGAGGAUGCCAGUGAGGUUGGUAAUGAGGGUGCUAGUUCCUCGAAAGUGCCGAGUCUAGUGGUUGCCGAAGAAGUCGAAGAACCGAGCGUUCUUCUAUUGGAGAAAGAAAAUUCUACUCUUUCAGAUAAAGUAAAGGAGAGAGCUAGAUAUGAAUCAAAGAGGGAUGCUGCUCAUUUGGAACUUCAGCGGAAUGCUGCUUUGGCAGUUCAGCGUGGAAGGAGUGAGCGAACAAGGAAACUUGCUCCCACACAGUCUUCUCUUUAUAAGGGGAACAGCACGGUCAAAACGAUCAUUCCAAACUCAAACAAGUCUGCCUUUAUAUUUUUUCACCCACUCGACAAGGCGGCACAGAAGUUGCUCAUUGAUCACUGCAAAACUUGUCCUGAAGUUAAGAAGCCUAUGGAGAAACGCCCGCAUAUGGAUGUUUGGAUUAAUGUGCUGAGGAAGAGGUACCAUGCUAAUCCGGAAAUGUUCAGGAGCGAGAGAAUUUGCUUCCUUGAUCAUCUCUUUUCUCGACAUUGGAGGAAAAACUACGAUGAUUUUAAGGCUGAUAAACCCGACUUCAGAGGUCUAGGAAGAAGACUCCCUGGUGGUGCCUGGAAUUAUUAUAGUGGAAAAACACCAUCAUUUUGCAGAUCUAUGAAGGUUUGGGGGAAGGAUUUUUGA